AUGCCCGCCGUGAGCCUGGCCGGAGAGGCUGUGGGGACAGGGCUGGCUGGGGUGCAGGGCGCCCGAGCGCACCAGCGUGAGGCCGCGGGAGAGCCGAGGCGCGGCGGCCCGGAGGCUCCUGCCCGACGCGGAGCGCGGAGGCCCGGCGGGGACCGAGUGCGCGGCGCCGCGCGCCCCAGGACGCAGGCCAUGGACCCCGCCGCGGCGGAUCUGUUCGAGGACCGCAAGGACCUCGACUUCUACGACUUCGAGCCGCUCCCCACUCUGCCCGAGGACGAGGAGAACGUGUCCCUGGCCGACAUCCUCUCCCUGCGGGACAGCGGCCUCAGCGAGCAGGAGGCCUGGGCGGUGUGCCUGGAGUGCAGCCUGUCCAUGCGCAGCGUCGCGCACUCGGCUAUCUUCCACACGCUCUGCAUCACGCCGGACACGCUGGCUUUCAACACCAGCGGGAACGUGUGCUUCAUGGAGCAGCUCAGCGAUGACCCCGAGGGAGCCUUCGUCCCCCCGGAGUUUGAUGUGACUGGGAACACCUUUGAGGCUCACAUCUACUCUCUGGGGGCCACGCUGAAGGCGGCCCUCGAGUACGUGGCGGAGCCGGAACCCAGGCUGAGCCAGGACCUGGAGCUGCUGCUGCGCCAGAUGCAGGCGGAGGACCCGGGGGACCGGCCAGACCUCGAGAGCGUCAUUGCGCUGUGCGAGGAGAAGGUGCCGUCGUCCUGCCGCCUGUGCCGCAGCCUCUCAGCCGUGGGGAGAAGGGUGCUGUCCAUCGAGUCCUUUGGAGCCUUCCCAGAUGUCAGUGACAGCGCCUGGAGGGGGAGACUUGCUCCAAGAAGUGUGGGGCCCAAGAGGCAGCCUGGGUACAGCGCUGAUGCAGAGGCCCCUCCUGCCCCCAAAGGCCCAGAGCACCCCAGGACCCCAACUUCCAAGUCUCUGCUGUCAGCCCCUGUGAAAAACGGCGAGAGUUCCAGCCUGGAGGGGCUGGCCAGCCUUUUCCUGGAUGCCCCACGCCCCGUGGAGAGGGGCCGCCUGAGGAAAGUGCAGACGGUCCCCAGGCUCCUGCCCGAAGGCCCUGAGGCCAGCACCCUCUGCCUGUCGCUGACCACUGUGAAAAACCAGUUGCCCACUUCCAAAUUCUUCCCUCCAGACCCCAGGAAGGCCUUUCCUGAGGGGAAAAAUGGACUUUUCGGCUUCAAGGCCCCGCCCAGGUCCAGGCUGUGGCAGGAGCCGGAGCCUGAGCUCCCGCGGGAAGGGCCUCAAAGCGUGGGCCACAGUGGGGACGGGGCCACUGGGGUGCCCGGCCAGGGCCCUGUGGAGGGAAGCCCCCCACCCCAUUCUGAACACCUUCAAGAUGCUGGCCGAGACUCCGGGAGAUUCGGGGCUGAAGAACGGAUUCCAGGAGGAGCUGGAGAGCCGGAAAGUGCAGCCGUGGAGCAGGGCGUCUCCCUGCAGGACCUCUUGUCAAAGCUGGGCCGGCCCUUCAGGGAGUACGAGCUGUGGGCGCUGUCCCACGCCUGCCUCAGCACCCUGCGCACGCACCGCCAGCACCCAGCCUACCUGUGUCCGGACUCCGUGCUGGUGGCUGAGGACGGGACUGUGCUCUUCGAGCUGCCCCCUGUCAAUGGCACUUACAACAACUUCUUCGUGGCUCCCGAGGUUGCAGAGCAAAAGCUGGUGACGGAAAAGGCCUCGGUGUACUGUGUGGCCGCGGUCCUGUGGAUGGCAGCCAAGUUCAGCGUCCCCCAAGACCACAAGCUGGCCCUGCCACGCCGGCUCAAAACCCUCCUCCUGCACAUGGCCAGACGCAGUGCCCAGGAGCGGCCGUCCGCAGCCGAGGCUGUCAAGAUAUGCAGCAGUUACCUCCUUCAGCGCGGCAUGGACAGCAGGAAGAUCUUAGCCCACCUGAGGGCGUCCACCUGUAAGGUUUACCAAGAGGAAGAGACCAUCAGCCUCCAAAACGCUUUCUCGGUGGUUGAACUAGACCCCAGCGCAGCGCCUACUCCCGCGUCCAGCUCAGGCUUUGUGCAGGUCAGCGGGGACACCAGGCUUGUGGCCAUGCAGGGGACCAUGCCCAGCCAACCCUCCUGCUGCGAGGGGGCCUUGGAGCUGCCAGCUGCGUUCACCUCUGCAGCCACGCACCUGAAACCCAUCGUCCUCGCCCCAGCGUCUGCUGCAGCCAGGGACAUGCUUGCCCUGUCCUCAGGGACAGCCGAGAUGCCACAGGAGAGGAGAGGCUGGCUGGACGGGGACGUCAGUGGGAAGAAGGCCCCUGAGGCCCACGUAGUGGCCACCAGCCUGGAGACGCCGGACCAGCCGGCACCUGGGCCCCCACCACAGGGCGCAGCCCCAGAACCCCCCAGAGAGUUGGCGCUGAGAGAUUCGGCCCAGGGGUGCCCCUGCCCCUCAGCUCCCGCCUCAUCGGCGACACCCCAGUCUUCUGCCCCAGCCCCGUCCCUGCAGGCACCGGGGCCACCCCAGGGGCAGGGGCCGGAGGAGCCGGUCCCACCUGGGGCCUCCUCUGGAGGCCCCGGGCCCCGCCCCCCAGGGCCCACCGCAGCCCACCAUGGCCUGCGGCACCCGGCCAAGCCACCCAGGAGCAAGGCCACCGAGGGCCCCUCCCUGGCCGGGGGGAGUGCCAGCAGCCCCAGGAGCCCCCCUGUCAGGGAGCGGGAUGACCGGGCCCCAGACAGUCAUGCAGAGCGGCCCCGGCCAGCAGACCGCAAGCUGUGUCCGUCCAGUGUGGAUGCCUCGCCGCUCCCAGAGACGACGGCCUGCCCGUCGCUGCAGGAGGCCACGCGCCUCAUCCAGGAGGAGUUUGCCUUCGAUGGCUACCUGGAGAACGGGCUGGAGGCUCUGAUCAUGGGGGAAUAUAUCUACGCCCUGAAAGACCUCACCUACGCCACGUUCUGUGGGGCCAUAUCGGAGAAGUUUUGUGACCUCUACUGGGGGGAGAAGCUGCUGCAGAAUCUUUUCAAAGUGGUGAACGAGAGGGCAUCGCCCUCCAAAAACGCUUCAGAGGAGGCUGGGUCCCGGCCCGAGCCCGGCGCACCAACUGGCGGCUCACCAUCCAGCAAACGGCCCUCGCUGCUUGGAGGAGGGCGGGAGAAGCCGGCCGCUCACAGCAGAGCACCUGGCCCGGGCCCUGUGCUGUCCGGCGUGGACCCCGACGAGCUCUCCGAGGGAAACUUGGAGGUGGGGUUUCGGCCUCAGAAGUUGGAAAAAGCGGAGAGGGAGCCGCAGCCUGAGGCAGAAGAGGACGGGCAGCAGGCAGGAGGCCCCGAGCCAGCCAGGAGGGCCCCGGGCUCGGAGGGAGUGGCGCGGCUGGCCAGGCUUGAGGAGGGCGGCCCCGCCUCCACCCCCGGCCCCGCCGAGUUCCAGACCUGCAGCCCGGGCUGGAGCAGCGCCUUCUACGAGGCCGACUGCUUUGGUGCCGAUGUCCACGGCUACGUGGAAGAGCUGGGGCUGUGCACGGCCGCCGGGGCCCCCGACACCCCAAGUCCGGAGCUGGAGCAGCAGCUCAUGAUGGAGAAGAGGAACUACCGGAAGACGCUGAAGUUCUACCAGAAGCUCCUGCAGAAGGAGAAACGGAGCAAAGGCUCUGAGGUCAAGACGAUGCUGUCCAAACUGAAGGGGCAGCUGGAGGAAAUGAAGUCCAAGGUGCAGUUCCUCGGGCUCGUCAAGAAGUACCUACAGGUCACGUACGCAGAGCAGUGGGGCCUGGAGCCCUGCACGCUGCCGCUGGCCGUGAACGUCGCAUCUGCCCGCUGCGACGCGCUGGACUUCAGCCCCCUGGACGAAUCCUCUUCUCUCAUCUUCUACAACGUCAGCAAGCACCCGCGCAGCAGCCGCCAGGGGAAGGCCCGCGCCCUGCAGGCCGGCACUCCGCUGGGGCUCAUGGCGUACCUCUACUCCAGCGGCGCCUUCCUGGAGGGCUACGUGCAGCAGUUUCUGUACACCUUCCGCUACUUCUGCACGCCGCAGGACUUCCUGCACUUCCUGCUCGACCGCAUCAGCAGCGCCCUGGCCAGAGCCCAGCAAGACCCCACCUCGACCUUCACCAAGAUCUACAAGAGGAGCUUCUGCCUCCUGCAGGCCUGGGUGGGCGACUGCUACGCCGUGGACUUCAAGAGGAACGCCAGGCUGCUGAGGAGGCUCGAGGACUUCAUCUCCGCCCAGAUCCUGCCCCUGGACGGCUCCGCGGAGCACCUGCUGGGCCUCCUGGAAGUGAGCGCAGACCGGUGGGCCGAGGGCGCCCCGCGCGGCACAGGCCUGGAGGACCCCAAGGAGGCCGAGGAGGACGUCAGACCCCUCAACGCCCUCUGUAAGAGGUUCUCGGAAGACGGCAUCUCCCGCAAGAGCUUCCCCUGGAGGCUGUCACGGGGCAAUGGGUUGGCACUGCCACACCACAAGGAGCACCAGUACAGCAUUGCGUCCGCCCUGCCCAAGCCCUGUUUCUUCGAGGACUUGUGCGGCCCCUACACCAAGGCCAGCGCCAAGGGGCCCUACUUCCUGACCGAGUACAGCACCCACCAGCUCUUCAUCCAGCUCACGCUGCUGCAGCAGGAGUUGUUUCAAAAGUGCCAUCCCGUCCAUUUCCUAAACUCACGGGCCCUGGGUGUCACGGACAAAAGUGCGGCCAUCCCCAAACCCAGCUCCGAGUCUCUGUCGGCCAAAACCUGCAGCUUAUUUCUGCCCAAUUAUGUCCAGGACAAGUACCUGUUACACCUUUUAAGAAAUGCAGACGACGUCAGCACCUGGGUGGCCGCUGAGAUUGUGACCAGCCACACCUCUAAGCUGCAGGUGACUCUGCUGUCCAAAUUUUUGCUGAUUGCGAAAUUGUGCUAUGAGCACAGAAACUUUGCGACAGCUAUGCAGAUCCUGGGUGGCCUGGAGCACAUCACCGUGAGGCAGUCCCCCGCCUGGAGAAUCUUACCCGCAAAGGUAGCAGAGGUCAUGGAGGAGCUUAAAGCCGUGGAGGUCUUCCUGAAGAGUGACAGCCUGUGUCUCAUGGAAGGGCGGCGCUUCCGGGCCCAGCCCACCCUGCCGGCAGCCCGUCUCCUGGCCAUGCACAUCCAGCAGCUGGAGACCGGGGGCUUCACAAUGACCAAUGGGGCGCACAGGUGGAGCAAGCUCAGAAACAUAGCCAAGGUGGCAAGCCAGGUGCACGCGUUCCAGGAGAACCCCUACACCUUCGCCGCCGACCCCAAGCUGCAGUCGUGUCUCAAACAGAGGAUCGCGUGUUUCAGCGGGGCCGACGUCUCCAUCCUGGCGGCAGACAGCAGGACCAGCCUCCACCAGGCAGCCAGCGAGAAGCACUCUCGGAAGAUCCAGGAGAAGUUACGCAGAAUGAAAGCCACCUUCCAGUGACGGAGGACGUGGUGUGGGCGUGGGGUCCACAGCCAGACCCGCGCGACACAAAGGAGCCGCCUGCCCGCUGCCCAGACAGGGCACCAGGAACCCCAACCCCAGAGGACGGGCGCCAGUGGAGGUUGGGGUGUUUCUGCGAGAAUAUUUACAAAUUAAAUCUUAACAUUCAAGUGAAAAUAGAGUAAGCUAGCUCAGCAGGACCUGCACACCGUUCACACAUCUGGGAGAGGGGGCUCUGCCACCGCCCCAGUGACCCAGCCCACCCCGCAGACCCACCCACAGAUGUUCAGUUGCUUUCUGAGCACUUUUCAUGGGUCUGGCCUCUGUCUUCCCAGACACAAAGGACCAAGACUGACCUCUGACCCCCAUGCCAACUGCAGAUUCCCAAGGGUUCUGACCCCUUCCACUGGGGCCCCUGAGGCUUCCUGUCGGCCAAGCCCCAACCUGGUUUACAUUCCCUCCCCCACUACCCCCACCCGUCCUGAUGACCUGGCUCACGGAACCCCAGCCCCACAGAGGUGCCAGAGCCGUCCCACCUUCGGGCCUCCCCCAUCCUUCCCCUCCCCCAUCCCCCCCCAUGGCUCCCAGCCCACCUGCCUUUCCCGUGAGCCGGAUGCUCCACACUGGCAGCCCCCAGGCGCCCGCUCCCCCCUCCCCCCAACUUACAACAGCUCCUGGUGGGGUCUGUGCCGCCUGGCCAGGGCUCUGCUUCCCAGCAGAGCACACAGGACACAGCAGCUCCAAGGCAGAGAGGUGGCCUCAGGCCCUGAGAGCGUCCCUCUGCCUGUGGGGUGCCCUCAGGGCCCCAGGGCUGUGGCCACUGCCCACCUUUCCUCAGCAGCCAUGCAUGAUUCGCGCGCCCUGUGCCCGGGCUCCCACGCCCCACUCUCACUAGCGCUCUGUCAGCACCGACGUGGAAAUGAAGUUUGCUGCCUCGAUAGUGGCCAGCUCUUGCACACGGCUGGUGCUGAGUGCUGCCCAGUGGGUGGGGGACGCCCUCGGACAGGGGCCUCUCCCCACAGCGUGAGGCCAGGCCCCAGCACCAUCCCCAGCGCCAAUGUGGUCAGUUGCAAAUCACUGCAAGACCCAUAAUCACUCUUUUGAGCUUUAGAAUUACUGAUUUAGGGCAACCGGUUAGCGGUACUUCUAGGAAAACUGCUACUUGUGAUACAAGGCUGCACUUCCAAUGUCAACGUGUUUCCCACAACCCGUCUGAGACACCCAGGUCCUGCUCGAAAAGGCAGUCCUGGCCGUGCAAAUUGUGCUUCGUGUUUUUUUAGGCUUUUAUAUGAGAAUUACGUUCUGCCAAUGAACUCCCGUCUUCAGAUUUUGAAUUUAAUAAAGACAGUGUCACAAAGCCUGAAGCGGACUUAAUGUCCAGCACAAACACACAUUCCACUUGUGACAAGUUGUUUGGGGAAGUGACUGGCUCUGGGCUUAAGCACGACUGAUUGCAUGGCGCCCUUGUGUCACAUGGUACAAAUUUCUAAAUAAAAUCAUUUCUACCAA